UUGUGUUUUGUUUGUUUAGAUAUUGAUAGAGUAUCAGGAUGGCACAUCAACUUCAUUUAGAGAAGGAAAAAUAUAGACAGUGGGUAAAGGCUGGUUUAGGACUUGGAUAUUUAAAGGAGGGACUUGUACCAUUCUGUAAUGACAUAGCUGACCAACAACAUAAGGAUAUCUUACAAAACAUUCGGUUUACAAAGUCACUAUCAUCAACUGUGACUUGUGGGGGCUGUCGAGUUGAAACUCUCAAGCCAGACCAUAAGCCAGUACCUGGGAAUGCUGGAAACAAAGUUUGUCCUCUUGGGCAAGUAAAAUGCAACUGUUGCUGUAAGGGCAAAAUUGCUUGUCCGAACAACAUAUGUGGCGCCAUCUAUGACUAUAUCGUGCAGCAUCAUGCAUCUACACCACCUGCGCCAGACUGGAAAAAUAGCGAAGCUCUAAAUUGGUCAACAGACCCGUGGAGCAUUAGCAAAUGUUUUAUAAAUGCUCCUGGGUACAAGGACAAGACAUCAGCAGUCCAUACAGAUUGUACAGGGUUACUGCAUGUUGUCACAAAUAACAUAUAUUUUCAUAAUCAUAUUGGAGGCAUUGCUACUGGACCAAACAAUCUUUUUUCAAAGGUACGUCAGUAUAGAAAUGAAAUUUUCCACUCUAGCAGCAUGGAAUUAGAAGAAAGUGAGGCUAAUACUUACUUAGAUGACAUGAUUGCAGUUCUACAAGAUAAUAAGGAACUUGUACAUCAACCAGCUGCACAACAAGCUGUAUUGAAACUUCAAGAUCUAAAGAAGAAAGACUUCAUUAUAACUACUGUAGACUUUGAUGAAAUUCUGGGACAAAUCAAGGAAGAAAUGAAAAAAGUUCUAAAAUCAAUUGAAGAUGCUCCAACUAAUGAGGAAUAUGAGGAGCUUAAAAAACAAUCUGAAGAACAUGAAACCCAGAUAUUCAAACUAAAUGAGGAGAUAAAAAGACUCAAGGUAGAAGAUUCUCCUCAACAAAAACAGUUAGAGUAUGAAAAGGCAAAAUCAGAAUGGCGAGAAAAGCUGAUAGAACAGUAUCACAAAACCCUGCUGCAAGUUCCUACAACACCUUUGCAACCAAAAAGUGAAAAAUGUAGCUUUAGUGAGAUUUAUAUUAGACCCACAAUAACCAAGGACAUAAAAAGAGAAAAAGGUGAGACAGAGGAGGUGGAGGUUAAAUCAAUGUCCGAAAUCUUCACAAAGGACGGAGUCCCCCAAAAUUCUGUAUAUCUUCUAGGAGAUGCAGGGUCAGGAAAAACUAGUUUUUGUAAAUAUCUGGUUAACUGUUGGUGUUUGGCACACAGUGAGGAACAUGAAGCUGACAAUGAAGAUGGCAGUGGUAAACCUGAAGGUGACAGUGAAACACAUGGAGGUGAUGGUGAAAAACGUGGAGCUGGCAAUGCAAAUGAAGGUGGCAGUAGUAAACCUGAAGGUGAUGGUGAAAAACAUGGAGCUGGCAAUGAAAAUAAAGAUGGCAGUGGUAAACCUGAAGGUGAUGGUGAAAAACAUGGAGGUGAUGGUGAAAAACAUGAAACUGGCAAUGAAAAUGAAGGUGACAGUGAAAAACAUGAAGGUGACGAUGAAAAUCAAGGAGGUGUCAAUGAAAAUGAAAGUGGCACUGAAGAACAAGGAGGUGAUAACGAAGGACAUGAAACACAUGGAGCUGGAGGUGUCAAUGAAAUUGAAGAUGGCAAAGAGAAACACAGAGGUGAUUUUGAAGAACGUGAAAAAAGAGGAAGUGACAUUGUAAAUGAAGAGGUAAAGGGGACACAUAGUGGAGACAUUGAAAACGAAGAGGGCAGUAAGACACAUGGAGUUGUUAAUGAGAAACGAGGAGAUGAAAAACAUUUGGGUGGCAUUAAGAAAAAUGGAAGUGACAGUGAUGACAUUCAGGAUAACAGUGAUGGCUUAAUACACUCCGAAUCUCACAAUGAUGACUCUGAUGAGAUCUUAACGGACUUUAAAUUUAACAUUUAUGACUCUGAAUAUGAUAGCAAAAGUUAUGAACUGAAAUUCAAUGGUGUAAAAGAGAUGAAGAAAUUUGAUUUUGUAUUUUACAUCCCUCUUAGACAGUAUAAUCAAAACAUUGGCAUUGAUGAAAUGCUUCUAAAACGUUAUCAAAUGAAAAUGUUAAACACACUUCUUGAAGAGGAAUCCUCUAGGGUUAUGAUUUUGCUUGAUGGCUUAGAUGAAUGGUCCUCUGAAAAUGUACCACAGCAUAGCAUCUUUAAGGAAUACACAAUAGUAACUACUUCGCGGCCAUGGAAAUUUCAUGCAUUAAGAUCAAGUGAUGUGGAGAUUGAACAGUCGCUGAAUCUGAAAGGGUUUGAUUUUAGAUGUGAAAGGGAAAUGGUAGAUAGAACAGUCUCACAAUUAAAUGUAAGCAGACAUGCCAAUAAAGAAGCUAGAGAAUGUAGGGAAAAUCUAGAAGAAAAGUCUCUUGAAAGUUUAAAAAAGGUACCAAUUAUGCUACAACAACUGAUAUGUCUAUGUCUAUGGUUUGAUGGUAAACUCGAUAAAACUUCAAGAUGUGCCAUCUACACCGGUAUGUUAGAAUUAUUCUUUACAUGGAAUGACAUGAAAACUACAGGAACAACUCGACUCAUGAAGGGGACCCAGAAAGUAGAUCUUCCUAAAUAUUUAGCCGAUAAAACCAAAUUAAGAUUAAAUCGCCAUUUCAUUUAUGAAGUGUCACAGUUGGCUUAUGAGACACUAUUUAAUUGUCCGAAGGAUAAAUCUUUGACCUUUGACAUUUGUAUGUUUGAUGAACUAGAAAUAUCAGAUGAAGUAAGAGAAACUUGCUUGAAACUUGGAAUAAUUACAGAAGAUGAAUGUCCAAGUUUAUCUGUAGCAGAACCCCCAAGCUCAUUGUUCUCUUUUAUUCACAAGUUCAAUGCAAGAAUUUCUGGCUGCAUAAACACUUCAACAUUAAAAUCUCUGUCUCUUGAUGAUGUCUCUAACACUGACAAGUAUUACCCAGUGUAUAAAACAGUUGUUAGUUACCUACCUAGUAUGAUCAAUCUUGUAGCAAUACGUAUGAGUAGUAUGAGUAGUUUAACAAUGAGUCAUGAUGAUACUACUACAUUUUGUAAUUUUCUUGAGGGAACCAGUCAUCUUGAACAAAUACAUCUUGAUAAAGUUAACUUAUUACCAUUGUUACACAAUCUCAGUAAGUUUGAGUUAUUGAAGUGUAGGUUAACUGACAAUAUAAUACAGUCACCUUUAGAGAUGAAGAGUUUAAAGAACAUUAAGCUUAAGGGUGUCAUAAUGAGUUUGACAACAUGGCAGAAGUUUGUUGAUAGUCUUCCUAGUAUUCCUCAUACUGUAGAUCUGAUUGUAUGGGACUGUUAUAUAACAGGAGAUGGUGAGGAGUUUAAUGAUGAUAUUUAUACAUCUGAAUUACAAGGAUUUAUAGGAGGGAAGGGAAAUGAUGCUAGACA